GCCCCCCAGAGGGGCACUUUUAAAGUCACACAAUGCAAUACCAUCAGCCAUCCAAGCAAUGACACUUGCCAUCGUUAGACUUUCCUGGCCAAAUUGAGUUUGGAUGCCAGGCACCGUGGUAAAAUCAGGAGACUGACAUGACCAGAUGUCCAUUUUCAUUAUCCGUCAGCUUUUCACACAGACGCCACAAGCUAUAAAUCUGAUUUUAUCUCCUCCGCCCUCCUUCAAACCAGCAAGACUGAAGGAUCUCGCCUCGCGUCACAUUUGGCCUCCAGCUGACUGAGUGAGUCAAACCAGCAGUGACAGCCAUGUCUGAGAAAGGAAGUCCAAGAUCACUGCAUCCCGAAGACUGGGACUAAAGAUCAAUCUGUUGAAGAAGGCAGCCUCGUUGCUGGAAGCUGAAAGGGAGGAGAAGAGGCUCGAGAGAGAGAACACUCUAAACGAGCGAGUCCCUCCCUUGAAGCUCACAGGACUGUCCAUGCAAGAGCUUCAGAAUCUUUGCAAAGAACUGCACCGUAAAAUCGAUAUCAUUGACGAAGAACGGUACGACAUUGGGGCGAAAGUGGCAAAAAAUGAAGAGAAGAUUCAGGAGUUGUCCCAGAAGAUCUUCGAGAUAAAGGGCAAACUGAAAAGGCCCAACCUGAGGAGGGUGAGGAUCUCGACUGAGAACUUGCUGAGUGUCCUUCUAGGCUCCAAGCAGAAGGAGUCCAUUGACUUCAAGGCCAACCUCAAGACCGUCAAAAAGGAAGAGGAUAAGAGGGAGGAGGUGACAGACUGGCGUAAGAAUGUAGAGGCCAUGUCAGGAAUGGAGGGCAGAAAGAAGCUGUUCGACCCUGGACAGUGAACAGGACGGCAGAUCUCAGUCCACCUCCGGCUGAAAUUGACACCACGAUCUGAAAGAAUUCCUUCAACACGGUCUUUUGCAAGACAUUCGCGCCUGAGCUCCUAAUCUGCCCCAGUGUUAUCUACAGCGUCUCGUUUGAAAUUUAGUAAUUAACUAAGUAAUUGAAAUUUAGUAAUUAACCAAGUAACUGAAAUUUAGUAAUUAUGUAAUUAAUUUAGUAAUCAUGGUCAGUAGGUAAAAUGCUUCUUUUUUAGAUCUCCAAGUUUUAUUACACUGUUAAAUGUACAGAGAUGUGGACUCUGGGUAUUCUAAAUAGAUAUAACUUUGAACAGUGAGGACAUUUCAAAAGAUGUAGGUGGGCUGGUACAGAUUUUAACAUUUUGUUUCAGGAAGGCUUACAAAACGAAAAAGACAAGAUAUGGACACAAUUUGUUAUUCUCUGAGGCAAGAUUAAUAAAGUUCAGUACUGCUGGCA